GCACUUACUCUACUCACUCUACUCGCUAAAUUUACUGCACUCACUGCACAUUCUCUACCUGCAUUCACAAGCCCAGCCUGUAUUGCCCCCCCCCAGAUUCCCCGAGAGGGAGAAUCCCAUUGGCUGUAGCACUGUGUGGCUUACAGCAGCUGAACACUAACAAAUACCCAAAAGCCAGAGAUUCAGCCCCCUGAAGUGCUGGAGAAGAGAAAGUUUAGAGAGGAGGUGGUUAUUCCAUGUGCAGAGCUGCAGACGAGAGGUGAAGAAACCCCCAGGAUCCAGGAAUUUAUCACGGGGAUUUGGAAAAACAGAAGGAUAAAGCCCCUUGUGACUCCUGAGCAGAAAGAUCUAGUUGCCCGUGGAGGAGAAGGCUGGAUCUCAUAUAAGACUGACUGCCAGAUAAGAGAAACUGCCACUCGGAGAAUCAACAUCAGUCAAGCAGUGGCGGCUCCGAGCUGCGGGUGCCCUGAAAUGAUGUUCUGAAAGUCUCCGUGGAGUUAUAAGCCUUCUGCAGUAACUGGAUGCCAGGCUGCUGCUACUCACGGGAUUCCCAGCUUAGUGCCAGCCAAUGGCAGAGAGAGGCAGGGCUCCAGAUCCUGCCAAUAUGGGGGUGAGAAGCCCCAAUGGAGGUUCCAAGACUUCACAGGGGGAGGAAUAUGAGCAUAUAAUCAACUUGGAAGACGAAGUGUUCAACCCCAAUAUGACUUCAUUUAAGCACGAAAAUGUGGAGGACCUCUAUGAAUUGCUGGAGAAGCUGGGCAGCGGUCAUUUUGGCGAGGUGAAGAAAUGCAGGGAAAAAAGCACCGGGACCUAUUAUGCCGGCAAGUUUAUAAAGACUCGGAAAUGUAAGGGCAGCCGCCUGGGUCUUGACAGGGACCAGAUCGAAAGGGAAGUGUUUAUCCUGCAGCAGCUGGAACACCCCAACAUCAUGAGGCUUCACGAUGUCUUCACAAGCAAAGCUGAGAUGGUGUUGAUCUUAGAACUGAUCCGAGGUGGAGAGCUCUUUGACUUCAUAGCUGAGAAGGAAGCCCUGUCAGAAGAGGACGCUAUAGAGUUCUUGGAGCAGAUACUCAAAGGAGUGGCCUACAUUCACUCACGCAGCAUUGCUCACUUUGACCUGAAGCCUGAAAACAUUAUGCUACUAGAGAAGGACGUACCCCAUCCCAAGAUCAAGAUCAUAGACUUUGGCUUGGCUCAGAAGAUUGAAGAUGGGGCUGUGUUUAAAAGCAUGUGUGGGACACCCCAAUAUAUAGCUCCCGAGGUCAUAAACUAUGAGCCACUGGGUCCACCAACUGACAUGUGGAGUAUUGGAGUCAUCACAUAUAUCUUACUUAGUGGCUUGUCGCCCUUUCAAGGUGAGACAGACCAAGAGACGCUGACGAAUGUCGUGUCAGGAAACUAUGAAUUUGAUGACCGCAUCUUCAAACAGACCAGCGAGUUGGCCAAAGACUUCAUACGGCAGCUACUGCUGAAAGAUCCAAGGGACCGAAUGACCGUUGUAGAGUGUCUGAUCCAUCCAUGGAUUAAGCCACUAAACAGGAACCAAGCUGUGAACAGAAGCCGCUCAUCUAUCAACAUGAAGAAUUUUAAGAAAUUUAAUGCUCGACGGAAGUGGAAGCUUUCCUACAACAUGGUAUCCGCCUGUAACAGGCUAUGUCGUAUGAAGCUGCUGUGUAACCCAAUGAAGGAUGAAGAAGAACUUAGGCAGUGUGAAAGUGAUCAAGAGGAUGAAAAAACCAAACCCGUAACACUUUUGCGCAGGCGCUUGAGCAACAGUUCUUGACCAGACUCUUAGUAAACUCCAUCCUCAAGCAUGCGCAGUCCUCUUCCUUAUGUCGGUAGCCAAGGAGUCUAGAGGAAGCCCCUCAAAGAUGGGCUGCAUGGAGAAACCAUGAAGAUUGAAGAUGCAUUGCUGCUGGAGAGAACUAAGUGGGGGGCGAUUGGCAACCUCCUUACACCCCAACAAACCUUAGAACUUGCAUGUGACUCCAUUAGGUUUGUCGCAUGGCUUUACCCUUUGCUGUCUGAGGAAUCCAGCAAACCUCUAUGAUUUCAUCAACAGGAGCACCCCAAAUCUGCCUGCGUCCAGACAGGAAUAUAUGACCGAGUGCUUUUACUUUAUCACAAUGACAUUAUAUAUUAUCAUGUGACAACUGCAUGUUUUCAGAUCCUUCAGGGGAAACCAGUUUUCCUCCCUCAUUAAAAGUUUAUUUUAUUCAUGA